UUUUCCCAAUUCCAACCCGCUGCUCGCUCCGCGCCUCUGAGACCGCCUUCACACGCUUAUUUUGGUCAUUUUCUCUCAUAUCAUUAUCACAGACGUAGCAUCUCAGCCGUUUCCACGUCCAGACCCGCCACUCGCUGACUCGCUCCACGUCUCCGUUCCCUUCAGUCCUUCACCGGCCAUACCAUUUACUAAGGACUGGUUCAAUGAAGUUGGAGUGCCUUGUUUCACUCCUGCCGAUCUUUCCAUUCUCUACAUCAAUUUCGUAUAACUCUUGGGGUUAAUCAAAUUGGAGGGCUUUCAACAUUUGGCAAGAAUAAAAGAGAUUAAAAACUACGAGUGUGCUGAAACAGAGAAAACCCACCGAAAAGCAGAAGAAAAAAAUGGUGGUAAAGAGGGUUUUAGCAUCUACAGCAUCAGUGGCACUCACCAAAUGUCUCCAGCUUAAGAAUUUGUCAUCUAAUCCUUUGCUAAUGGUUUAUUUCUUUCCUAAGUCACUUCAUCAUAAAACCAGUUUGAUUGAUGUUAUAUGCAAGGCUUCUGCUCAGGCACCUGCCCUUGGACCAUUCUGUCAUAUUAAAGGGCCUCCUCUAGUGGGACAUCUAGGGAUACACACUGGUUCAACUUUGAAUGAUGUUCACAAAGAUGGGUUGCCACCAACUGAUUGUGGGAAAAGCACAAUUGUUGAUGAUUCUGGUGGUGCUAAAGUGAAGAGGAAGAAGUUGAAAGGAAAACGAGCUGUUGUAAGGUGGCUAAAGUUCUUCAGGUGGAAAAAGAAGAAAGAGUAUGAAAGAAUGACAACAGAAGAGAAACUAUUGUACAAGUUGAAAAAGGCUCGAAAAAAAGAGGAAAGGCUUGUUCAAGCUUUGAAAAAGAUUGAGCCUGCAGAAUCAUCAGAAACAACUCAUGAUCCAGAGAUAUUGACCCCAGAAGAGCAUUUCUUCUUUUUAAAGAUGGGCCUCAAGUGUAAGAAUUACGUCCCAGUUGGAAGACGAGGAAUAUACCAGGGUUUAAUCCUUAACAUGCACUUGCACUGGAAGAAACAUCAAACUCUGCAGGUGGUUGUGAAGACAUUCUCACCAGAGGAGGUCAAGGAGAUUGCUGCUGAGCUAGCACGAUUGACUGGAGGGAUUGUGCUAGAUAUUCAUGAAGAGAACACAAUAAUCAUGUACAGAGGGAAGAAUUAUACGCAGCCACCAACAGAAAUAAUGUCACCUAGGAUCACUCUUCCCAGAAAGAAGGCUUUGGAUAAAUCAAAGUACAGGGAUGGCCUUAGGGCUGUCAGGAAAUAUAUCCCUCGACUUGAACAGGAUCUUGAAUUGCUUCAAGCACAAGAAGCUAGGGGCAAACUUGAAACUACUUCAGUUGAAGAAACUGUGAAGACCGAGUUUAGCGGUAGAAAAUCUGGGAGCAUUUCAAACAUUCCAUUUGAGAAUUCAGAAAAAUUGGAAGAAAUUAUAGACAGGCAAGAGAAAUGCUCUGAGGACGAAUCUCCUAUGGAUCUUGGAAUGUCAUCAGAUUCAGAAGAUCUAUCAGAUAUUUUUGAGACUGACUCUGAAACCGAGACUCAGGAUAAAUCAAGACGCCCUCUUUAUUUGGAUGAGUUUGAAAAGUUCCCAGUUGAAGGUAAUGGAGAACCUAAAGAUUUUGAGGAUCAUUUGCGCCAACUAUCUCAGGACUCAAAAUGGGCCACAGAAUCUGAGAAAGACUUGCAGUCACCUACCUUCGAUGAGGUUGACCGUAUGUUUCUUCGUGCUGCUUCUCUUUUGAAGAGGAAGAAGAGAUAGGAGAUGUGCACAAAGCUAUAAUACUCACCAUUUUGGUUUUAUGCACUUCUUCAAUAUUUAUUUUCUUUGAUAUGAUUAUUGGUUAGUACUCAGGCUUAACAAAACUGUCCUUAUUUAUUUCAUCAUCUUUUCCUUAAAUUUUCAGAGAAUGCGUUUGUUCUCAUUUAUUU